GGAUCCCUGCCCCGCGCCCGCUCGGCCGCGGCGGCGGCCAUGUCGACGGCCCGCGUCUACGCCGACGUCAACGUGCACCGCCCCAGGGAGUACUCCGACUACGAGGCCCUCUCCGUCCAAUGGGGUGAGCAGGAUGACUACGAGGUCGUGCGGAAAGUAGGCAGAGGUAAAUACAGUGAAGUCUUUGAAGGAGUGAAUGUAACAAACGAUGAGCGCUGUGUCAUUAAAAUCCUCAAGCCUGUUAAGAAAAAGAAGAUAAAGAGGGAAAUAAAGAUACUUCAGAAUCUUUUUGGCGGUCCAAAUAUUGUUAAGCUUCUCAAUAUCGUUCGAGAUCAGCAAUCAAAGACUCCAAGUUUGGUGUUUGAAUAUGUAAACAGCACAGAUUUCAAAGUUCUCUAUCCAACAUUUACAGACUAUGACAUCCGGUUCUAUAUCUAUGAACUUCUUAAGGCACUAGAUUACUCCCAUUCCCAAGGAAUUAUGCAUCGUGAUGUCAAGCCUCACAAUGUUAUGAUUGACCAUGAGCUUCGCAAGCUUCGCUUGAUUGAUUGGGGACUUGCUGAGUUUUACUUUCCUGAGAAGGAGUACAAUGUUCGUGUUGCUUCGAGGUAUUUUAAAGGGCCGGAGUUGCUUGUUGACUUCCAAGGGUAUGAUUACUCUUUGGAUAUGUGGAGUCUUGGCUGUAUGUUUGCUGGAAUGAUAUUCCGCAAGGAACCAUUCUUCUAUGGCCAUGACAACCAUGACCAGCUUUUCAAAAUAGCCAAGGUGCUAGGUACAGAUGACCUUAAUGCUUAUUUGAACAAAUACAGAAUUGUGCUUGAUCCUCAGCUCGAGGCUCUGAUUGGGAGGCAUAUCAAGAAACCUUGGUCUAAGUUUGUCACUGCUGAGAAUCGGCAUCUUGUCUCAGAAGAGGCAAUUGAUUUUCUUGAUAAACUUCUUCGCUUUGACCAUCAAGAUAGGCUCACAGCUGAAGAAGCUAUGGCUCAUGCCUACUUUCAGCAGGUGAGGGCAGCAGAAAACAGCAGAGGGAGAACGUAGCCAAAAGAACCAAGCGAAUAGACCGAGCUGCUUCUGAACUGCACUAUGGGCAGAGCAUUGCGGAAUUGGACCCAUCUGUCAUCUGAUUUACUUGAAUCUGAUGGUUGUGACUUUGUCAUACAUCUCGGAUAUGCUGGACCCCUGAGGUUUUUUUUUUUUGGAAUUUUAUAAUUUGAAAGGUUAAAACUGCGAGCCUACAAAACAGAUAGGCUAUGCAUUGUCAUGCCUGAGAAGUUUUGAUGCAGUUAAACUGUUCCAUCGA